CCGCCAUUCGUGUGAACAGAAACGUGGAGGUGAUACGUCGACUAUUUGGAUCAUGGUGGGUGCCGAUGGCGACAUCGAAUGCUGGCUUGACGCGAGAACGGUGCAGCUCGAUUAGGCAUACACAAAUAGCUGUCAUGCGAGUAGCUCUGGAUGACUCGACAGUCAUAGGUACAUCCCUCAUGUCAGGUGAUAGGGGAACGACCAUCCUACCUUACCGCCUACUACGCCAGAUUAGAAACACCGAGCUCGUCCUUGGGUUGCUAGCCACAUAUCGGGGUAGCUACUCUUCCCAACUUGCCCUUCGGCACUCUCUAGUCUAUAGAUGGCUCGACAUAAGUUGAGAUUGAGCUGGAAAUUGAACAACAGUCUAGUGCAACGCGAUCAAGACAACCGGACAUCAAGAGAUCAUCAAGAGCCAGACUGUACGGAUCGAAACGGCAAUUGAGCGUUGAUACGUAGUACUUGAGAUCACGAAUAUUCGUCUCUAGCCGUGUUUUUUUUUUAUCUGUGAUCUGACAACGAAAGGAUGCUACACGGACAGCAUAUUGGGUUGGGCUGUCGGUACUAAAGAGAGCUCCGGAUUAGCAAUCACAUCAGGGUCUUCAUCCUGGAUGCGUAUGUGCCACUCAUGGCCACUCUAUUCCCUUCCAUUGGAAUCAUUCAGGAAGGUAACGAUCCUCCUGGUUCCUCGUAUUGGAGAAACAGUCCACCUCUCUAGUCAAUUCAGUCGCCGAAUCUAACAUCCACCAGUAAUCAGUUCUAUUUCCGAUCCCCUGAAUCCCGAAUGUCGAUCAUACACAAUAUCAUCUAACUAUCGUGCGGGUGGUUGUUUCUCUUGUCUCCACUUGAGCUGCCGCCCAUCGGACAACCCGCGCGGCCGUGCACGACGACUUGCCUGAUCCGGCUUCCACCAUUCGUAUCGCCAUGUUCGAAACUAUUCUCUCCUUCAUCAGUCCCCAUCAUCAUUUCCAUUGCGCAAGCAAUGAUUCACCCAUCAGCAGUCAGCAUCGCUACACUUGCAUUGUGAAUAAAGGACUAAUGCCUACCACCCCACUCGAUCAUCGUCAGGCUGGCCCCCAACCCGUAUUGGAGGGCUUACUACUAUGACCUAACUUAGCGGCCGACCAUCUUGAAACAACUACACGGACUUUUUGAGGGGUUUCCCAAUCUACUCUGAGCACCUGAUAUGUUAGGCUACCCAGUCUUGCUGUCCCUCCUUUCUGCAGUCUGGUUGCGGCGCAACUUGC